AUGGGCAAGGACUACUACGCGAUCCUGAACGUGAGCAAGAACGCCACGGACGACGAGCUGCGCAAGGCCUACCGCAAGUUGGCGCUUAAGUGGCACCCGGACAAGAACCCCAACAACAGCGAUGAGGCCCAAAAGAAGUUCCAGGAGAUCGGCGAGGCCUACGAAGUCUUGAGCGACAAGAAGAAACGCGAAAUCUACGAUAUGUACGGCGAGGAAGGGCUCAAGGGCCAGCCAGCUGGACCCGAGGGUCCCGAGGGUGGCAUGCCCGGUGGCAUGGGUGGCAUGGGUGGAAUGGGCGGAAUGGGCGGAAUGCCUGGAGGUUUCACGUACACAACGUCGACCAACGGCUUCCCCGGUGGCAGCUUCUCAUUCCACUCAACAGACCCAUCUAAGAUCUUCGAGCAGUUCUUCGGCACCUCGAAUUUGCACGAGGCCGAGAGCAGCGACCCGAUGGCCUCGAUGUUCGGCGACAUGGGCUUCGGUGGCAUGCGUGGCAUGAGGAGCGGCGGCUUUGGAGGUCGCGACCCAUUCGGCCAGCGACAACCACGUGCACAGCAACUGAAGAGCGAACUGGAAGUGCCACUGGAGCAACUGUACACUGGCUGCACGAAGAAGCUUAAGAUCACGCGCAAAGUGCACGACCCGAGCUCGAAUCAAGUGCGUGAGGAACAGAAGAUUUUGGAGAUCAAUGUCAAGCCUGGUUGGAAGGACGGCACGAAGGUCACUUUUGAGGGUCAGGGUGACGCUCUACCUGGUCGACCAGCGCAAGAUAUCGUGUUUAUUAUUAAGCAGAAGCCGCACAACAAGUUCAAACGGGACGGAGAUAACUUGCUGUAUCACGCCAAGCUCUCACUUCGCGACGCACUGCUGGGCAGCGGCACUUUGACCAUCAAGACGCUGGAUGGACGGGAAGUGCCUGUUCCUCUUGGGGGUGUCAUCGCUCCUGGCACGCAGAUUGUGAUCGCUGGCGAGGGUAUGCCACUGCAGAAGAGACCUUCACAGCGAGGCAAUUUGGUGGUGGAGUUUGACGUGCAAUUCCCCACCAAACUGACGGAGGCACAGAAGAACAUGGUGCGCCAGGCAUUGUAA